UGCCCUUGCGAUUCUCUUGCAAGGAAGUUAAAAAGAGACUCUGAUAAAGCGGGAGAAAGGUCACACACUCCACACACUCGACGCCUAAGAGUCGAGCGGCCGAUCAGAUCCACCGUACGACUCGUCUCGCUUGAUUUCCAUCGGCCGGCGGUGGUGGAUUCAAAUUUGAUUCGUCUGCGGUGUUUUCUUAUGAGAUCAUUUGGUGAGUUUGAUCUACCCUUUGAUUUGUUGCGGUUUGUUGAAAAUUAAUAUAAUGUUUGUUGUAAGUUUAUGAAUUGUGAGUUUGGAUGCUUAUCAUCAUCUGUCUCUUACUAUUAGUGAAUAUUAUUCGUGUUUGUUGAAACUUUAGCGAAUCUUGCAUACUUAAGUUUUGAAUUUUUAACUUUUAGAAAAUGAUCGUCUUAAUUCGCUCUGCAACUUUCAUGUUUUUCACUUACAUAAUUUUUGACGGUUUUUUUACAGAGAAAAUGAAGAAUCAAACGAUGGUCAGGCUUUGAAAAAGAAUCGUUUUGAACACAAAUGUUCUGGAAAAAAAUCCAUCGUAAGUUAAAGAAAUUUGAAUUUAUGAUCAACGUUGGUCUUUUAUUUUCGGUGACUUUUGAUUCGAUAUUUGUUGAAAAUUUAAUGAAUCGUCACUCUUCUAUGCUCACGGUUGGAGUUAUUCUGAACCGCAAUUGAUAAUGUCAAUUGUUUGGCAAAUUCUGUAACCAAAGCAAAUCAAACGGACAACAUAAGUUUAACUUUAAUAAUUGUAGACAGUUUAUCAGAGAAAAUGAAGAAUAAGAUGAUUGAAUCACUGAAAAAGAACCUUUUUGAACACAAACUUAAUGUUUAUUGUAAGGUUUUGAAUUUGAAUUUAUGAUCAUCAUCUGUCUCUUGUUAUCAAUGGAUAUUGCUUCGCACUUGUUUAAAAUUUAUGAGUUUUGAGUGCUCUUAACAUUUAUUAUAGAAAAUGAAGACACCAAUUUUAACUUUGAAAAAGAUCAUAUUGUUCAUCAUAAGUUUGUGAAUUUGAAUUAUUACAAUCAUCAAUAUCCUUUUAAAACUGAGCACCAUUCACAUUUCAAAAAAUUAAUGAAUCUUGUAUACUUAAGUUUUGAGUGUUCUUAACUUUUGGCUUUGUUUAGCAACUUUUGUAUUGAUCUUGCUUAAAUAAUUUUAAACGGGUCCGUACGGAAAACUAAGAAUUAAACAGACAGAAACUUCCUGAAAAAGAUCAAAGUAGAACAGGUUCGUUGUUUUAUGAUUCUUUUGUGGGAGUAAACUACUUUGAGAAACCUGAAGCCCAAUGAGAGAGAUAUGGGGUCUAUCAGAUGGACAACUUUCUGGAAAUAGAUGUACUAAUUUCUGUUCUGGCAAGUGCAACAAUGUGAGAUCACUUCUCUGGUUUCCUUUGCUGUCAAUAUAUCCCAAUGUGAGAUCUGCAAAGAGAACUUCAAGGGUUCUAGGGCUGAUAUGUUUGCUCAGGGAAAAAACAUAUUUUUCUUUCAAUUGGUGCUGGCGAGUGAGCUUGGUGUCUGCUUGAGAGAAAUUCUCUCUGUUGGCGCUGCCUCUGCCGUCAGCUUUGGGAUUUACAAAUUUUCUGCUUCUUUUCACAUCUCCUGAUCUUCACCCCUACUUGGAAUCGGGGAUGGCAGCUGCUCCUUUUAAAAUUCCCUUCAGGAAGGACAACCACGGGGAAAGGAUGGAAGCUAAGUUUCCAGGAAAAAGACGUAUUUUUGUACAGACAGAGACUGGAUGUGCGCUGGGUAUAGAGUUGGAUGGGAAUGAUGAUGCACACACGGUAAAAAGGAGAUUGCAGACUACCUUUAAUGUACCUACAGAGGAGUGGUUGCUGGUUUUAGGGGAUCAAGUGUUGAAUAAUGAUCUCAGCACCGUGAGAAAUGGCUCUCCUGUCCUUCUUACAAGGAACUUUCUUCACAGAAGCUCAUCUACAUCAUGUCUCUCUCCAGUCAGUAAAGAUACUGAAUAUAGUGACCAUAGUGAAUCAGUGGAGAUACUAGUGCCAUCAAUGCAAUUUUCCAGGACCAAACAAUUGGUGCAUGACAUUGCAAAGGCAAUAGAGAGUGGUAUUGCACCAGUUCCAAUUUCAAGUGGGCUUGGGGGUGCUUACUAUUUCAGAAAUUGUGAUGGUGAUAAUGUUGCUAUUGUAAAGCCUACAGAUGAGGAACCUUUUGCCCCCAAUAAUCCAAAAGGGUUUGUGGGCAAAGUGCUUGGGCAACCAGGAUUGAAACCUUCUGUUCGUGUUGGGGAGACAGGCUUCAGAGAAGUUGCCGCCUUCCUUCUUGAUCAUGACCAAUCAGCCAAGGUGCCUCCUACCACCCUUGUGAAGAUCAGACACUCAAUUUUCAACAUCAACGAUGAGGUGAGUGAAAGCAUGCUCCAAAACAUGAUGCACGUCUGUAAGAUUGCAUCACUGCAACAGUAUAUCCGUCAUGAUUUUGAUGCUAGUGAUCAUGGGACUAUAAGCUUUCCUGUGUCUGCCGUCCACAGGAUUGGGAUAUUAGAUAUUCGUAUCUUGAACACAGACAGGCAUGCUGGAAAUAUUUUGGUCAAGAAACUUGACAGUUUAGGGAGCUUUGGCCAGGUGGAACUUGUCCCCAUCGACCAUGGUCUAUGCCUUCCUGAGAGCUUGGAGGACCCUUACUUUGAGUGGAUCCACUGGCCACAGGCAUCAGUGCCCUUCUCUUAUGAUGAACUUGAGUAUAUUUCCAAUCUUGACCCUGUUUAUGAUUCUGAAUUAUUACGUAUGGAACUCCCAAUGAUUCGUGAGGCUUGUCUUCGUGUCCUAGUUCUUUGCACCAUUUUUCUUAAAGAAGCUGCCUCUUUUGGUUUAUGCCUGACUGAGAUUGGUGAGAUGAUGACUAGGGAGUUCCAUGGCCAUGAAGAAGAACCAAGCGAGCUCGAAUCAAUAUGCAUUCAGGCAAGGAAACUAUUGGAGGAAAGUGAGAGCUGGUCCCCUGCGAUAAGGACGAUAAACAAGGAAGUGUUCCAGUUUGACAUAGAAUACGAGGAAGAUUUUGGUAACGGUGGAAACAUGCUUUCGGAUUCUGUGGAGAGUUUUGAGACAGAGGAAGAAGACUACUUAAAGUUGAAUGAACGUGGUGGUGAUAAGAUGCAAGUACAGGCUGUUUCAAAGUUAUCCACAUCAAUGAAAGCUUGUAGCAUUGAAGGACAAAACUGGAGGAAUCCGAUGCUAACAGUUGACGUGAGUUACACUGCUAGCAGUUCAUCUGGAAACAGGAGCAUGAACGGGCAACUGCCUAGGAGCAUGAGCUUCGUAACAUUCUCAGAUAUGUCUCAAGAGGAAUGGACUGUUUUCCUUGGACAUUUUGAGGGGCUUCUGCACUCAGCUUUCACCGAUAGCAAGUCAAGGAAUCUGGGUUUGAGGCAAAGGCAGAGACUUGGGACUUCAUGUCAAUUUUGAGAUACCAGGAAAUAAGGACACAGAACAAUAAGAGAGAGAACCGCCACAACUUCAGAAAGAGGUAUUUACGUGUCUAAGUCUAAACACUUGGUGUUUUCUUGUUAAAUUUUGUUUAUGACCAUGCUUCUUAUUUGGUGUAUAAUGUAUGAAGUUUACAAAUAAAAAUCUUUCUGUGGGGAUAUGAGAAUUGAGGUCUUGUAUUCAAGCACUAUUUUAAUUGCAUGCAAAGCCUCUGUUGCACU